UUUCUCUCAAAAAUAUCAAAACAACGUAGAGUGGCAUAUCGUUUAGAUAGAGAAAUAUUGGAGCUACUAAGAGAAUGAAUCCCUCUGGUUCUUCUGAAGCUGAUCAAGCAUCUGGUCAGUCUUCGCAAACAAAGGACAGCAUUGUCAUGGAACCUAUUCAUUACAACGCUGCAGCAAAAAUCGAAAGAGAAGAUAUUCCAAAGCCUCUUAACCUCACUAGCCCAAUCGAAAUAUCAGAAGAAUCGAAAUCAGAAUCUGGUGAGCCUGCUCAAGCAGAGGUCAACAUUGGCAUGAAGGCUGAUUACUACGAAGGUGCAGCAAAUGGUGACAUCGAGGUCUUCAAAGAUAUUCUGGAGCCUCUUGACCAACUACUAACCCCAAAUAGAAACACAGUCCUUCAUAUUUACCUCUCAAGCCUAAAAGAGUCAGAAUCAAAAGACAAAAAAUCAAAAAAUGCAUUUAUGUUCUUCCGCGCAAAAGACUCAAAACCAGAAGAUUCAAAAUCAUCAACUGCCUUCGUCGAAGAAAUUCUUACGAAGUGUCCAUUACUGCUAAUGCAAGCUAAUGUCAAAGGUGAAACUCCCUUGCAUAUUGCAGCAAGGUAUGGGCACGCUGCCAUUGUGGAUGUUUUAAUUAAAUGUGCAAGAGAAAGAGCUCCCCAAGAAGACCCCGAAAAUGGGGUUAAUUACGCGGUCCAAAAGAUGCUGGAGAUGACGAAUAAUGAAAAGGAUACCGCGUUGCAUGAGGCUGUACGAGGUAAUCAUCUUAGGGUAGUGGAACAGUUGAUUAAAGAGGGCAAAGAUUUUUCAUAUUCUCAGAAUGAUGUUGGUGAGACUCCACUUUACAUAGCUGUGGAGAGAGGAUUUAUAUAUGUGGCGUUACACAUUUUGAAAACCUGUACAUCACCGGCUCAUGAUGGUCCCCUUGGUAGAACAACGUUGCAUGCUGCAGGAAUUGUACACAAUUACGGUAAUGUCUAUUUAUUUAUUUUCAAUACUCCAACAUUAAUGGUACCGGAAAUUCUGGAAGGGGUAGCACAACAAGAACGAAGUGCUUUCAUUAAACAAGUUGACAAACAGUGUUGGACUCCUCUUCAUUGUGCUGCAUUCUUUGGUUCUUAUUUCCUCAUAACCCCGUUGCUGGAAAUUGAUAGAUCUAUAGCAUACAUGAAAGAUGCAAAGGGCAUGACGGCUCUUCACAUUGCAGCUCAUCGAGGCGAUAUGUUGUUUGUAAAUAUUAUUUUAGAACAUUGUCCUGAUUGUUGCGAACUAGUUGACGAGAGAGGCUGGAAUGCACUCCAUUUUGUCGUGAACUCAUCUAGUAGUUAUUGGGCUGACUCUGACUAUGGAGUGAAGUACAUCCUAGAGAAAUAUUCAUCACUCAGCAACCUUUUAAAUGAAAAGGAUGCCCGCGGGAACACACCUCUCCAUCACCAUUCCAAAUCAUUGCAUUAUUCAAAGGAUGUCAUGUGUCAUAGUAGAGUGGAUAAGAUGGCCUUCAACAAAAGCAACCUCAAUGCUUACGAUGUCGCUUUAACUAGUGAAGAAUUAUCUGAUGAAAAGUUUAUGCAGAUUACCCGAGCAUUUAGUGGCAAUGAUGGUCGUCAUAAAAUUCGAAGACGCUUUGAUGAUGAUAUCUUAUCAAAGAGAAAAGAUUCUGUAGAUGAAGGGGGGCGCUUGAAACCUUGGAAAUCCCGUAAAGACCGAUUUGUUUCUGGCAUGAAAGAAGCAUCCCAAUACCAUUUGGUGGUGGACACACUCAUUGCAACCGUGGCUUUUACAGCAGGUAUUACCAUGCCUGGGGGUUUCAGAGAUCAUGGUGGCCCACACCCAGGCUCUGCAAUUCUGACGGGAAAUACUGCUUUCAAAGCAUUUGUUAUUACAAAUACCUUAGCCAUGGUGCAAUCUUGUUCUGCUGCCUUUAUCCACCUAUUCAUGCCUCUAUUGUUUCUCGACAAAAAUAUUAUUGGAGGCUUUUCUUUCCUUCUGGCCUCACUAGCCUUCUGCCUUUCCAUAUCUGCCAUGGGAGCGAUGAUGCUGGCAUUUGUCACAGGCACAUACGCUGUGUUAAUGCAUUCCUUGAAUCUUGCCAUUGCCAAUUCUGUCAUCGGAUUGUGCUUCUUUAUCGUCCUUUUUCUUGUAAGUAUCGGUACUUCACAAUAUUUGCACGAAAUUUGGAGCGUAGGUUUGUCUUGGUUUUUUGAAAAUGAAGUGCUUGGGAUGAUUAGCUGGUUACUUUGGUGCAUUCUCUACGUACCUGCUUUGGCUUUUUUCAGUUGUAUCAUAUGGUGCGAAUCAUGUUAUGAAGCUCUUAAAGACCGCUUUUUGCGUCUUAGAGGGUCUCAGAGGAGCAGGAAUGAUGCAGAUCAAUCAACAGCAAGUUAAGCUUUGUGUUUCAGUUACUGCAUCAUCAACUACAGUCGUAUUUACCAUUUACUCAGCACUUCAGCAAACUACCUGUCGGUCUUAAUGUUUUAGUUCUGUUAGUACUUUCAGUUGUCACACGUGCAGUGCACGUGAUUGAUUAAUCCAGUUGCCCAUUUCCUAUUGUUCAAGCUAUGUUACAGUGAGUGAGUUUUUCAGAUCCUUUUUUGUACCCAAAGUCUCCGUUCUCAGUAUAUAAGGACGGAGAAAGUUGUA